UGUGGCUGGUAAAAGGCUGGUUGUGAUCAUCCUGCAACGGGCUCUGUCUUACGGGUCUCUGAAGAGAUGGAUUCAUUGAAGAAGAGAAGGAAUGUGCAUGCCGUGAGUUUUUAGACUUGCUGCUUGCGGGCCUCUGGGAAGAGGUCCAGUGAGAAGGAGGUCCUCUGGCCCGAUCAGAUCCUGCUGACACCUGUUAACCUGGAGACUCCUCUGCCAAGGCAAGAUGUCCAACAACAGCACCACCCUCAAAUUCAUCAAAAUUGCCUACAUCACUGUGGAGAUUCUAAUUGGGCUGUGUGCCAUAGUGGGCAACUUGUUGGUCAUCUGGGUGGUCAAGAUCAACCCCAGCAUGAAGACGACCACCUUCUAUUUUAUUGUCUCCCUGGCCCUGGCUGACAUGGCAGUCGGGCUGCUGGUCAUGCCUUUGGCCAUUGUCGUCAGCCUGGGAGUUACCAUCCACUUCCACAGCUGCCUUUUCAUAUGCUGCCUGCUGCUCAUCUUCACCCAAGCCUCCAUCAUGUCCUUGCUGGCCAUCGCUGUGGACCGAUGGCUGCGGGUCAAGCUCACUGUCAGAAACAGGAUUCCUGAGGUGCCAGGGCAUACUCUGUGCUUCCGGCUGAAGGUCCACUUCUUUCCCGUCAUGGGGAUCUUCGUUCUGUUCUCCUUGGCUGUCAUGUCAGAGGCCAUAGUUAUGGACCAAAAGGUCAAGGAGAGCUUUGUGAUGGACACGACUUCUGCCACAUGCAACUACAAUACAUACUACAAAGACCACCCCAAAUACUGGUGCCGAGGUUACUUCCGGAACUAUUGCAACAUCAUCGCCUUCACCCCCAACAGCACUGAUCGUGUGGCCCUGAGGGACACAGGAAGCCAAUUCGUCAUCACUGUGUCCUGCCUGACCAGGGAGGACACGGGGUGGUACUGGUGCGGCAUCCAGCGGGACUUUGCCAGGGACGAGAUGGAUUUCACCGAGCUGAUCGUGAAAGACAAUAGGGCAGCACUCACUGGGGAUGUGUGGCCUGGGACAGGCCUGUCCAGCAACAAGAACCAAAGCUGCAGGACCUCCAAAAUUGUCCAAAAGGCAAAUCGCUCCAGGAUGUCCAUUCUGAUUAUCUGCGUACUGAUCACCGGCUUGGGAAUCAUCUCCAUAAUCAGCCAUCUAUCCAAGAGGAGGCGAAGGCAAAGGAAUCCAAAGGGUAAAGGACUAGCCAGAAGCUCCAGAAGCUUGAAAACCAGACAAGCGUCUCCUGUGAUCCCGGCACCCUUGGUGACUCUUUGAAGCCUCUCUUGUGUGCCCUGACUCCGAAAGAAAUGGAAGAUGUGGACAGACGUGACUGAAGAAUUUUUUAAAAUUUGGUUCAUAAAUAAAGUGAUGCUAUAAUAGAA